AUGAAUGCCCCUGAGCUUCUCACAAGAAAUCACACAGAGAAAGACCCCAGGAAAUCUCCCAAUCACCUGGCCAGGCAGCUCAGAACUGUGCUGUCUUGUCUGGCUCAGAAGCCUGACCAGUAUAUCGAAGGGCAGGUGUUUGUUUUUCCCAAGGAAUCUGCUGAUGCUCAAGUGAUCCUGAACAUGAAUCACAAUGGUCCCCUUCAGAACUUUACCGUGUGUCUCAGAUACUUUACAGACCUGACCCGGCCCUACAGCCUCUUCUCCUAUGCGACCUGGGCCACAGACAACGAGAUCCUCCUCUUCAAAGACAAACCUGGGGUGCUCUCGCUGACUGUUGGGGGCGAAGAGGUGGUCUUCUCUUUCCCAGAAAACACAGGCUCAAGAGGUUCCUGGGAGCACAUUUGUGCCAGCUGGGAAUCUGCUACUGGCAUAGCCGAGCUCUGGGUGAAUGGCAAUCCCUUACCUAGGAAGGGGCUGCAGAAAGGCUACUCUGUCAGCAACCAGGGUGUGAUUGUCCUGGGGCAGGAGCAGGACUGCGUCGGAGGUGGGUUUUCUGCCAAACAGUCAUUUGUAGGGGAACUUACUGAUGUAUUUAUGUGGGACCUGGCCACCGCGACAGACGCUGUGUGGACUACCAGCGCUGAUUCGCAGUUGCCUCCCUCUGUCCUGAACUGGGGCACUUUGCAGUAUCAGAUUAAGGGCUAUGUGGUAUUGAAACCCCUGCUGAGAUAAGGGCCCUAUUGAAAUGGAGUCUGGCCUUGGGAACUGGGGUCUGGCCAUCUAACUCUAGACCCCAUGGGAGCAUGGCAGAGAAUAGCAAUGCACAUAGGCCUGUAGCUUCUGAGCAAAACUAGCAUUAACUUCUCCUCUUGUGACUCCUCCCCCAGGUGCUUGUGUCAUUUGGGUAUUUUCCUGUGUCCAAAGCCUGGUCUGACUUUGUAUCCCAAUAAAUGGUCUG